CGCAAUCUUCAUCUCCGACGAAAAACAAAGAAGACGAACUGGACAAAUCUGGAACCCUAACAAACGCAACAGAAAGACUAACGAAUUUACUUAACCUGCCCUCGCAUUUUUUCUGGAUCUUUUGAUGCAACGAAGCCUAUCACGACGAAACGUUCGUUCUUCACAGAGUUCUGGUGUCGGCAGGUUUCGACUUCCAUCGGUCGACUCCCGCCGUCUUUGUCUACCCCGUUUGGGGCAGCGGCAUGUCUCUGAUGAAAUAGGAGGAAGCCUUGCUCCUGGCAGUGGAAGAACAUAAUCAGAGAUGGCUUCCAAGGUACCGAGGUCCAGGCUCGAUCACGAUCCACGAGCGCGCCGUCAAAAGGUGCUUGAAGCUCCUAAAGAACCUCGUCGCCCUAAAACUCAUUGGGAUCAUGUGCUUGAAGAGAUGGUUUGGUUGUCAAAGGACUUUGAGUCUGAGAGGAAAUGGAAACUGGCUCAGGCAAAGAAGGUUGCUUUAAGAGCCAGCAAGGGGAUGUUGGAUCAGGCUACUAGGGGAGAAAAAAAACUAAAGGAAGAAGAGCACCGGCUGCGAAAAGUGGCACUUAAUAUUUCGAAGGAUGUAAAAAAGUUCUGGAUGAAAAUAGAGAAGCUGGUGCAUUACAAGCAUCAGAUGGAGCUUGAUGGGAAAAAGAAAAAGGCUCUUGAUAAACAGCUUGAGUUUCUCUUAGGCCAAACUGAGAGGUACUCAACAAUGUUAGCAGAAAACCUUGUUGACAAACCACCGCAACAACAUGCUGAACCGCAUGAACUGGAUAUUUCACAUAAAGAAGAAGUUGAAAAUGAUACUAAUGAACCUGCAGAACUAAAUGUUGGUAAUCAACCUGUGGACUCAAAUACUGAGCCUCCUGCAGAUGUUGAUGAUGAUUUUGACAUUGAAUCUGAAGAUGAAACAGAAGAUGAUGAGCAAACUAUUGAGGAAGAUGAGGCUCUUGUAACUGAAGAAGAAAGGCAGGAAGAAUUGGCAGCUUUGCAUAGUGAAAUUGAUCUUCCACUUGAGGAAUUACUCAAACGUUAUGCUGUGGGCAAAGAAACAGGUGAGAAUGGAGCUGAACCAUCUCACAUGGGAGUGGAUUAUGGCAAGGGCAAGGAAGAUUCGCUUGCCAGCGUGAUUGACACAAGUAGCUCACUUGCUAUUACUGGUCGUCAUUGUGAUGAAAUUAAUGGUGCCUUAAUUGACUCAGAAAACCAUGUUGUAGAAUAUGGAUUACGUCAUUCAAAAAAUCUAUCAAAUAUUUCUGGGAAAGCAGACAAAGGGCAGGUGCUCUUUGAUUUUGGUGAUGAGCAGGAAGAUGGUGAUUUUGUUUUGGCUACUGGAGAAGAGAUGGAUGAUGAGACCACCUUGUUGGAGGAGGAGGAACUUGCCAAAGCUGAUUUAAACGAUCCCAUUGAUGAGAUUACGCUACUGCAAAAGGAGAGUGAAAUUCCUUUGGAAGAAUUGCUUAUAAGGUAUAAAAAGGACUUUGACUAUGAUGAAGCAUCAGAGGAUGGAUCUGACUAUGCCUCUCCUUUAUCUGAGGACCUUGUGGAUUCCCCAGCCAAUGAAGAUAUUGAUAUGAAGCAGCAGGAUAUGUCAACCAAUGAGGUUGUUGAGCCCUGUGAAUGUCUGCAAGCUGCACAUCCUUUUGAAGAAGAACGAGAAGCCGCCCCUGAGAAUAAUUUCGAAGAAGGAAGGGGGAGCGAGGAUAGAAUUGCUGAUGCUGCUGCUGCUGCAAGAUCUGCACAACCUACAGGGAAUACAUUCUCAACAACCAAUGUGCGUACAAAAUUCCCUUUUCUUGUGAAGCACCCUCUUCGUGAGUAUCAACACAUUGGCCUGGAUUGGCUUGUUACAAUGUAUGAAAAGAGAUUAAAUGGAAUUCUAGCCGAUGAAAUGGGGCUUGGGAAGACAAUCAUGACAAUUGCCCUACUCGCACACCUAGCUUGUGAUAAGGGAAUAUGGGGCCCCCAUCUCAUUGUGGUACCAACAAGUGUCAUGCUUAACUGGAAAACUGAGCUUCUCAAAUGGUGUCCUGCUUUUAAGAUUUUAACCUACUUUGGGAGUGCGAAAGAGCGCAAAGUUAAGAGACAAGGUUGGUUAAAACCAAAUUCGUUUCACAUUUGUAUAACAACUUACAGACUGGUUAUACAAGACUCGAAAGUCUUCAAGAGGAAGAAAUGGAAAUACUUGAUUCUUGAUGAAGCUCAUCUGAUUAAAAACUGGAAGUCUCAGCGAUGGCAAACGCUUCUAAAUUUUAACUCGAAAAGGCGUAUUUUGUUAACUGGUACGCCUUUGCAGAAUGAUCUCAUGGAACUUUGGUCAUUAAUGCAUUUCUUAAUGCCUCACAUCUUUCAGUCUCAUCAGGAAUUCAAGGAUUGGUUCAGUAAUCCAAUAUCAGGGAUGGUAGAGGGGCAGGAAAAAGUGAACAAAGAAGUUGUUGAUCGUCUUCACAAUGUCCUCCGUCCAUUUAUACUCCGGCGGCUGAAAAGGGAUGUGGAAAAGCAGCUUCCUAGUAAGCACGAGCAUGUGAUAUAUUGUCGACUCUCAAAGAGGCAACGAAACUUGUAUGAGGACUUCAUUGCUAGCUCAGAGACGCAAGCUACCCUUGCAAGUUCAAAUUUUUUUGGAAUGAUUAGCGUUAUUAUGCAACUGCGUAAAGUUUGCAAUCAUCCAGACUUGUUCGAGGGUCGUCCAAUUGUAAGUUCUUUUGAUAUGAGUUGUAUAGACAACCAGUUGAGUUCUUCUAUUUGUUCAAUAACUUCCCCUGGGCCAUUCUCUUUGGUGGAUCUUAAAGGUUUGGGGUUAUUGUUUACUCAUAAUGAUUUUACAAUGACUUCUUGGGAGAGUGAUGAAGUGAAAGCUAUUGCUACUCCCUCAAGCUUUAUCAAAGAACGUGCUGACCUGCUCAUGUCCGAAGAUAUUGGGCGUGGAUAUAAGCAUCUUCAGAAGUUGCCUGGAACAAAUAUAUUUGAAGACAUACGGAAGGCAGUCUUGGAGGAGAGACUAAGACAAGCAAAGGAAAGGGCAGCAUCUGUUGCAUGGUGGAAUUCCUUGAAGUGCCAGAAAAAACCCAUGUAUUCGACAACUUUACGGAAUCUCCUCACACUAAAUAAUCCUGUAGAUGAUAUUCAUUGUCAAAAAGCUGGUCAUGAGUCCUAUAUGUAUUCUUCUAAGCUUGCUGCUGCUAUUCUUAGGCCAGUUGAACGUUUCCAGCGGAUGAUUGAUCUUGUCGAAAGUUUCAUGUUUGCAAUCCCAGCAGCUCGAGCCCCGGCACCUAUAUGUUGGUGCGGUAAAACUGGCGCUCCUGUAUUUCUGCACCCAAGUUACAAGGAGAAAUGUUCUGAAAUCUUAGCUCCCCUUAUAUCACCCAUCAGACCUGCACUUGUCCGGAAGCAAGUAUAUUUCCCAGACAGGCGACUUAUACAGUUUGACUGUGGUAAGUUGCAGGAACUGGCAAUUUUGUUAAGGAAAUUGAAAUCAGAGGGUCACCGAGCAUUAAUAUUUACCCAGAUGACGAAGAUGCUCGAUAUCUUGGAGGCUUUCAUUAAUUUAUAUGGUUAUACUUACAUGCGUUUAGAUGGAUCCACUCCGCCAGAGGAGAGACAAACACUGAUGCAGAGGUUCAACACAAAUCCCAAAAUUUUUCUCUUUAUUUUGUCAACCCGUAGUGGGGGCGUUGGUAUCAACCUUGUUGGGGCAGAUACUGUAAUCUUUUAUGAUAGCGACUGGAAUCCUGCCAUGGACCAGCAAGCUCAAGAUCGAUGUCAUCGAAUAGGACAGACACGUGAAGUACAUAUCUACAGAUUAAUUAGUGAGAGUACCAUUGAGGAGAACAUCUUGAAGAAAGCCAAUCAGAAACGCGCUCUUGAUGAUCUUGUGAUACAGAGUGGAGGUUACAACACUGAAUUCUUCAAGAAACUUGAUCCUAUGGAGCUGUUCUCUGGUCAUAGAACACUUCCUAUGAAGAAUAUGCCGAAAGAAGAGAAUUGCAACAAUGGGGUUGAGGUUUCUGUGUCUAAUGCGGAUGUGGAGGAAGCUUUGAAGUUUGUAGAAGAUGAAGCAGAUUACAUGGCACUGAAGAAAGUUGAAGAGGAAGAGGCCGUGGACAACCAAGAGUUCACAGAAGAAGCCAUUGGGAGACUAGAAGAUGAUGAACUUGCGAAUGAGGAUGAAUUGAAGGCUGAUGAGCCUCUGGAUCAGGGUAGCCUGAUGACAGCAUAUGAUAAAGACAAUGAGAUGAUGUUAGAUGGGAAUGGUCAUAAUGAAGAGCAAGCUUUAAGUUUUGCAGACAAAGAUGAUGAUGUUGACAUGCUGGCUGAUGUUAAACAGAUGGCAGCAGCUGCAGCGGCGGCUGGACAAGCUAUAUCAUCAUUUGAGAGUCAACUAAGUCCAAUUGAUCGAUAUGCAAUACGUUUUCUGGAAUUGUGGGAUCCAAUUGUAGACAAAGCAGCUAUAGAAUCUCAAGUUAGCUUUGUGGAAAGAGAGUGGGAACUUGAUCGUAUAGAGAAGUACAAGGAUGACAUUGAAGCUGAGAUCGACGAUGAUGAGGAACCUCUUGUAUAUGAAAGAUGGGAUGUUGAUUUUGCGACCGAGGCAUAUAGACAGGAAGUUGAAGCCUUAGCUCAGCAUCAAUUGAUGGAAGAGCUGGAAUAUGAGGCAAAAUUGAAGGAUGAUGCAGAUGACGGAAAUUUUGAUUCAAUGAAUGAAAUGUCAAGGGAUCCUAAACCCAAGUCUAAGAAGAAACAUAAGAAAGCCAAGUUCAAAUCCUUGAAGAAAGGAUCUCUCACUUCUGAGUUGAAAUAUCUGAAAGAGGAGCAGUCAAUGGAACUUAUGUCUGUAGAUGAAGAUUUAGAUUCUCAUGAGUUCACAGAUUCAGAUAUAGUUUCACCAAAAUCAAAUGUGCAUAAAAAACGUAAGAAGACUGAAAUAACAGUUGAAGAAGAGAAACACUCAAAGAAGUUCAAGAAAAUCAAGAAGGGUCUUGAGGUGGAUUCAAAAUUUAAUCUGUCUGGGAAGCAGCAUUACAAUUUUAUGGAACUAAAAUCCUGUGAAAGCAUGGUUCUUGAUCUUGAGAAGAGACAUCCAAGCAGAAGCAAAAUGGGUGGAAAGAUUUCAAUCACUACCAUGCCACUAAAGCGGGUUUUGAUGAUAAAACCUGAGAAAUUGAAGAAGGGAAACCUUUGGUCCAGAGAUUGUGUUCCAUCACCUGAUUUUUGGUUGUCACAGGAGGAUGCCAUAUUAUGUGCUGUUGUACAUGAGUAUGGUCCACAUUGGAACCUGGUUAGUGACAUACUGUAUGGAAUGACUGCUGGUGGGUUUUAUAGGGGCAGAUAUCGCCAUCCAGUGCAUUGCUGCGAAAGGUUUAGGGAACUUGUCCAAAAAUAUGUUUUAUCUGCUUCAGACAAUCCAACAAAUGAAAAACCAGGCAAUGCUGGCUCUGGAAAGGCUCUUCUUAAAGUAACCGAGGAUAAUAUUCGAAUGCUGUUACAAGUGUCCAUGGAGCAGCAAGAUAAUGAGUUUAUUCUCCAGAGACACUUCACUGCCUUACUUUCUUCUGUCUGGAGAGUAUCAUCCCGCUGUGAUGGCCGUCAGAGCAUUUUAUCAUCUCAAAAUGGUCUUUAUUUUGGUGGAAAGUUUUUUAGCUCUGCAAUCAACCCACAAUUGCAAAGUGUGAGAUUGGAACCUACAAAAGGGGUUAAGUUCACUAAUUUAGGACAGAGUAGCAAGUUAAUAGCAGCGGCCCUCCGCGAUACCAGCUGUAGAAUACAAGAUACUGGAUUGCCUAUUUCCAGCCAUGUGGAAGUUGCCCCAGCUGUCCAAGAACACUUGGAGAUUACACUGGAAUUUUGUGAGAAAGAUAACCACAUGUUUCCUUUGCCAUGUUUCCUGAACUUAUCAAUAUCUGGCACAAAUUUGUGCACAUCUGUGAACGAGGAUUUAAAUCAUCACCAUCUUAGAGCUUCCAAAACUGUUGCUGAUAACCGCUUAAGGGCUGCAUCAAGAGCUUGUGUUGAAGGUAGCUUGGAUUGGGCUUCAUCUGCCUUUGCUGUGAAUGAUAUGAAGACGCGGUCAGCUUCAAAGUCACAGACACUGGGAAAGCACAAGCUUUCUACCUCAGAAUCAAUCAAACCUCCUAAAUCAAAGUUGAAAAAGACAUUGGCAGACCAUGUGGAGAUGCGCCAGACAUUCAAUGAGCCUGCAUUCCCACCAAUGGUGACAGGUGGACCUAACAAUUCAGAUUUACUGUUUGACCUGGCACCAGCCAUUACCUAUGAGGAUUGGACAGAUGAUCUGGAUUGUGAUUCUCCUUUUGGCUUGAACAAGUUGCUUUCAUCAGAGUUGGUGCCCUUUGAAUCCGUCCCACCUCAGUAUGUCCCUGGCCUAACCUCAGGCCUUGAUGAUCAUAUACUGAAUGCAGAAUUUACUGAUAUUAUGGAGGUAGUUAAUGCAGAAGUUUCGAACUUUCUUGACCUGGGUUGAAGUUUUAGUUUUCAUGAUAUGUAUUGACCGGGGCUCUCCAUCAUAACCAGUUCUGGUACUUGAAUUGCCAAACUUGAGCAACAUCUAUUAAUUGGCUCAGGUGAUGCACCAUUUUGGACGCCAAGCAGGAGGCCAUGGCUUCUCAUGUUUGCCUCUGCAAGUGGCAUCAACCCGUCCUGUAGGAGUCCCUAAUUAGGGAGACAGAUUGUAGCACAAUUAUUUAUUGAACUUUGUAUUGGUUGUGGGAGAUACACAUGCCAAUUUUUCUAGGGCUGUUGGUUUAGAAGACAAAUCUUGGCAUGUUUGCCUUGUAGAAAAGGAAUUAGGAAAGCAAAUGGUGGUUAUUAGUGAAAGUGUAGAGGUUAAAUUUCCAGUUCCAUCGUGUACAUUCUCUCUUGCUUUGUACAUUAAAAACUAGGAGUUUUUUGCAAGUGAGCCAUCGGUUGAACGACAA